CUCAGAGCCUCAGACACGCUUCACUCGAAGAAGAGCUAGAACCGGACACGCUGCAGGAAAACUACCUCUGUUACGAGCUGCAUAUUGUUCGUUUUACGGAUUAUCUGAACAGAAACAAUGCUUUAAAAAUGAUUCCACUGAUAAACAUGAGGUUUACCAAGCUGUCUCUGUUCCGUGAAUUGGGAAUCGUCUGCCUUGUGCUGAUAACCGCAGGGUGGUGCGCCGUUUCUGAGAGGAAAGUAUGCCAGGGAACCAAUAACAAGCUGACUCUCCUGGCGCAGCCGGACGAUCACUACAGAGCCAUGGUGCGCAUGUACAGUAACUGCACAGUAGUGCUGGAGAACCUGGAGAUCACCAAUGCUCAGGAGUACCACGACCUGUCCUUCCUCAAGAGCAUUGAAGAAGUCGGCGGCUACGUGCUAAUUGGAUUAAACUACGUUGAAGUGAUACCCUUGGAAAACCUGCGGCUCAUUCGAGGACAUUCUCUCUUCGAAGGCAAAUACGCCCUCACUGUGGUGUUAAACUACCACAACACAAGUGAGUCCUCAGGAAACAACAACAUCACCAGCGGCCUCAGAGAGCUGCAUUUGAGAAGUCUCACAGAAAUUCUUAAAGGUGGAGUCAAAAUAUUCCACAAUAAACUUCUUUGCAAUGUGGAGACUAUACAGUGGUUGGACAUUGUGGAGCAUGGCAGCGAGUUGAAUUUGUCAACAAAAACUGCUGCUUAUUGCAGACCGUGUGAUUCAGGCUGCUAUAAUGGAUCAUGUUGGGCUCCAGGACCAGAGAACUGCCAGACCUUGACGCGCCUGAACUGUGCCGAGCAGUGCUCGCGGAGAUGUAAGGGCCCCAAACCCAUCGACUGCUGCAAUGAACACUGCGCCGCCGGCUGCACUGGACCCCAGCCCACAGACUGCCUGGCCUGCAGAGACUUCCAAGACGACGGGACAUGCAAGGACUCAUGUCCACGUCUAAUGCUGUACGACCCCAAUAACCACCAACUCGUUCCAAAUCCUAAUGGGAAGUACAACUUCGGAGCCACCUGUGUGAAGCAGUGCCCUUAUAACUUUGUAGUGACCGAUCACGCCUGCGUUCGAUCCUGCGGCAGUAACAUGCAUGAAGUGGAAGAAAAUGGAAUCAGGAAGUGCAAUAAAUGUGAAGGCUUGUGCCCAAAAGUGUGUAAUGGCCUCGGGACAGGAGCGCUUGUUAACACUAUCGCAGUCAAUGCAACCAACAUCGAUUCAUUCAUCAACUGCACUAAAAUAAACGGGCACAUUACAAUAAUGCGGAUGACUUUUAAAGGGGAUGUUUUUACAAAUACUCCAAGCAUGGACCCUGCCAAACUUGACUACUUCAAGACGGUGAAGGAAAUUUCUGGCUUUCUAAUAAUCCAAGACUGGCCUGAACACUUCAACUCCCUCAGCCCCUUUGAGAACCUGGAGAUCAUCAGAGGAAGAACCAAACAACAUGGCUCCGUCAGUUUUGCAGCCCUGAAUAUUCCUCAUCUGGAGCACCUGGGUCUGCGUUCGCUGAAGGAGAUCAGUGAUGGAGAUGUGGUGGUGAAGAACAAUCCUCAGCUGUGUUACGAAGAUGGCAAAUACUGGCAGAAGCUCUUCAGAUCUGAGCAACAGCACAUACGCUCUGGAAACAACGCAGCACCGCACAUCUGUGAGCAGCAAAACAGCACCUGUGACAGUAUGUGUGGAGAUGAAGGCUGCUGGGGCCCAGGGCCGUCCAUGUGUGUCUUCUGUCAGCACGUCAGCCGUAGGGGGCGCUGUGUCAGUCACUGCAACCUGCUGGAUGGACACCCUCGAGAGUACAUGUCAGAUAAUGUGUGUUUGGCUUGUGACCCACAAUGCAAGACUCUAAACGGGACGGCAAGUUGUCAUGGGCCGGGUGCUGAUCAGUGUACAGAGUGUGCUCACUUUAAAGACGGGACACACUGCGUGGCACAGUGUGCACAAGGAGUGCAAGGUCUUAAUAACAGACUAGUCUGGACGUACCCAGACAAAAGCAGACAGUGCCAGCCAUGCCAUGCUAACUGUACACAAGGGUGCAGUGGACCAGGACUGCACGGCUGUGAACCGAAAGGCUCUCACAUGCCUGUGGUGGCGGCUGGGGUUGUCGGAGGGAUGCUGCUUGUCAUGAUAAUCCUCCUCUUCAUCUUUGUCAUUUUCCGUCGUCGACACAUCAGACGAAAGCGGACCCUACGGCGCCUCCUUCAGGAGAGAGAGCUAGUGGAACCGCUGACACCCAGUGGAGAAGCACCAAACCAGGCUCUCCUGCGCAUCCUGAAGGAAACAGAGCUGAAGAAAAUCAAAGUCCUCGGAUCUGGAGCCUUUGGGACUGUUUUUAAGGGUUUGUGGAUCCCAGAGGGUGAAGAUGUGAAAAUACCUGUCGCUAUUAAAGUUUUAAGAGAAGUGGCGUCUCCCAAAGCCAACAAAGAGAUCUUGGAUGAGGCGUAUGUGAUGGCUGGUGUGGAUAAUCCGCACGUGUGUCGUCUGCUGGGAAUCUGCCUGACGUCUGAUGUUCAGCUCAUCACUCAGAUCAUGCCAUUCGGCUGCUUGCUGGAUUACGUGCGCGAGAAUAAAGACAACAUCGGCUCGCAGACGCUGUUAAACUGGUGUGUGCAGAUCGCCAAGGGAAUGAGCUACUUGGAGGAGCGUCACCUUGUGCAUCGUGAUUUAGCAGCCAGAAAUGUGCUGGUCAAAACUCCCAACCACGUGAAGAUCACCGACUUCGGCCUGGCUCGGCUCCUGAGUGCAGAUGAGAAAGAGUAUCACGCUGAAGGAGGAAAAGUGCCUAUAAAGUGGAUGGCUCUAGAGUCGAUUCGUCACUGGAUUUACACUCAUCAGAGUGAUGUUUGGAGUUACGGAGUGACAGUCUGGGAGUUGAUGACAUUCGGCUCCAAACCGUACAAUGGGAUUCCAGCCCGAGAGAUCGCAGAUAUCCUGGAGAAAGGGGAGCGUCUGCCACAGCCCAACAUCUGCACCAUAGACGUCUACAUGAUCAUGGUCAAGUGUUGGAUGAUCGACGCUGACAGCAGACCUCACUUUCGCGAACUUGUGGUAGAGUUUUCCAAAAUGGCCAGAGAUCCAUCACGAUACCUCGUCAUUCAGGGCGAUGAUCACAUGUAUCAGCCGAGCCCAACUGACUCCAGGUUUUUCCGCUCGUGGAUCAGCACUGAAGACAUGACCGGUGUGGUGGACGCAGAGGAGUAUCUGCUGCCCAGCAAGAGAAUCUUCAGCCAGAGCCAGCAGACUGAACCACAGCAUCAUUGCUCCCCCGAAGACUAUACGAACGGUGAGAUGCUACGCUACAUUACAGACCCCACGCAGAAAGACCUCAUGCUGCCAGAAUACAUAAACCAAGACAUAACCACAAGCAAUAUGACAAACCCAAUCUACGAUGGUCCGUCCCACAAACAGACAAAGAACGGCUACAUAGACACGUACAGCUGCACUAAUAAACCCGAGGGCCCGGAGUACCUGAACACCUCCUGUGCGACUCUCCCACGCUCCCCGUGUGCCAACCUGGACAACCCAGACUACCAGCAGAGCUUCAUGCCCACUGACGUGCUCUUACUGCCCGCCGCUGAAAACCUGCACUACCUUGGACUCAACAACACCAUGCAGACCCCCAUACGCUAAAGAAACAGGAGAGAAACAGUAAUAUAUGAAUUGCACUACUUGAACUUUUGAGAGUCACACAGUAUGUUUACAUGGACAACAACAUUGCGAUAUUCACCCAAUUAAGGCAUUAUUCUGAAUAAGAGUUUUUGAUUAUUUUAAUAUCAGUUAAAGUCAUACUCGAGGCAAACAUGAAUCCAAUUAAGAUACAGUUGAAGUCAGAAUUAUUAGCUCUCCUAAAUUAUUAGCCCCCCAACCCCUGUAUAUUUUUCCCUGUUUUCUGUUUUAACACAUUUCUAAACAUAAUAGUUUUAAUAACUCCUCUCUAAUAACUGAUUUAUUUUAUCUUUGCCAUGAUGACAGUAAAUAAUAUUUGACUAGAUAUUUUUCAAGACACUUCUAUACAGCUUAAAGUGACAUUUAAAGGCUUAACUAGGUUAAUUACUGUAGGUUAAUCAGGUAAGUUAUUGUAUAAC